AUGUUGCUCAUGCAAGAUAUCAAUUACAGUAGAGGAUUCAAAUUCAAUGAUAUAUGGCCAAUCCUUAAAGGCAUAGAGAAAUUUGCAAAUGACAACAACAAUGCAUCUAGAUCAUUCGAAGGAGAAGGUUGCAAUGUUACAUCAUCUCCAUCAUUUUCAAUUGAUCUUGAGUCAUUUCCAUAUCCUGGUCUGAAUUCAUUUGAUUUAAAUAUGAAUUCCGAAGAAGCCACUUCUAAUUUAUCUCCAAGACUGAUGGGUAUGUAA